AUGUCGGAUCUCGAACCUGAAUUAGAAGCGGAACCGGAGCAAGAACGUCGAAGGAGAAGACCAGCCGUGAUUGCAGUUCUUGCUCCUUCUGUAGGAGACGCAAAAUCAAAUGCAAUCGAAUGCUUCCAUGUAGCAAUUGUGCCUUCCCGUGCUCAACAUGACGAAAAUCGACGGAAUUCAAGCCAUAAACAGAAUUAUGACAUGUCCAAUGAGCCAGCUUCAGAAAGAGAGAGAGGUUUGACACUUGGGGUUCCAACGUAUCCGGCACCACCAACAUCAAAUAAUUUAAUCCCAUUAUCACCAACGAAUCAAUUCAUUGCACCAGUCUCAGAUGCAACUAGUGAUCUUGAAUCCAUGAGGCAAAGGAUUAAAGAACUCGAAGAUCAGCUUUCGCUUGCGACCAAAUCAUCCGUUCCGUCUCCUGCUCUCUCACAACCUGCACCCUCCCCUGUAACAUCUGUAGUUUCUAACAUCGAGACAAAAACUUCACUGGCUGGAAGCUUUCACAUACACAAAGAGUGUCGACCAUUUGGCCAAGAUCAUCCUGCAGUUGUAGCUUAUGGCGUUCUACAUAAAACCAGACUAUUAGGCCAGAGUCACUGGAUAAAUGCUGUGACUGGGUACCACGACCUCUUUGAAAUAAUUGAGCCACAUAUACAAGAAGGAACGAAGGCCGCCAUUGGUCUACAUAAAUGCAAAACUUUUGGAAAGCUUGUAAAAACUCGGCGAGCACCGUUAUGGCCCUCACCACCAACUUGGCCUGAUUUACCUUCAAAAGAAACUGCUGACAUACUAGUUGAUUGUUAUCUCCGUACAAUUGAAAGCAUCUACAGGGUUUUACAUAUUCCUACCUUCAAGAACAAUUAUGAAGCAAUAUGGACAUCGACUGGAAAACCUGAUACAGAGUUCUUGGUUCAGCUUAAAUUGAUAUUUGCUAUUGGUUCUGCUACAUUUGAUGAUCAAUUUUCCCUUCGUGCUUCAGCCGUCCGAUGGGUCUAUGAGGCGCAGACAUGGAUUUCAGAACCGGAAUUUAAGUCAAGAUUGACUAUCAAAUCACUACAAACCGAAAUUUUACUUUUGUUUGCUCGAGAAAUAACUAACAUUGGUGGGAGAUUAAUUUGGAUUUCGGCUGGCUCCUUGUUUAGAAGUGCGGUACACAUGGGACUGCACAAAGAUCCCACUUAUCUUCCAAAGAAGACCAUUUUUGCUGCUGAGAUGCGACGAAGAUUAUGGAAUACGAUAUUAGAGUUGAUGUUGCAAUCAAGUAUGGAUUCUGGUGGACCUCCUCUCAUGUCUCUUACCGACUGGGACACUGAGCCUCCUGCAAACUUCAACGACGACGAACUUCUGAGCACUGAUGCUCUACCUCGGCCAGAGAAUGAAUUUAGUCAAACUUCUCUCGCAAUCAUACUUCGCAAGACUUUUCCGCUUCGACUGGCCAUCGCAAAGUCAUUGAACGAUUGCAGCACAAUCAAUACAUUUGAGGAAGCUAUGAAGCUUGAUACAGAGCUAAGAUCUUCCUACAAAGCUUUGUGUCAGGAUGUACAAGAGUUCAACACAACCAAUGAGUCUUUACUCCCUCAAUUUGAAAUAGAAAUGCUGAAUAUCAUAAUGCUACGAUACCUCUCGUCCCUCCAUAUUCCAUUUUUCGUAUCGGCUUUGCAAUCUCUUACGUAUACGUCUUCUAGGAAGGUAGUUUUGGAGACUUCACUUAAAAUUUGGUAUAUGAUACAUUCAACCAAGUUAAAUAAUGAAGCGCAACCACACGAAAAACUUGUCGAAGAUAGUCAACAGUAUCUUUCACGGCUUGCAAUAUGUGGCUCAGGAUUACUUCGUACCAUGGCGACACAAGCCGGGUUCAUAAUUGCUAUGGAAAUCAAGACCCAGCUUCAAGAAGAAACAAGCCUAGGACCUAUCUCUCUACGCCCAGAUCUUCUUGACGCCUUACAAGAUGUCAAAACUUGGAAUAUGAGAUGUAUUGAAGCUGGGGAGGUUAAUAUGAAAGGGUACCUGUUCAUCUGCUUAGCAAUUGCACAUAUCGAUGCUCUCCAACAAAGUCAGGUUGGAGAAGAACUUGCAGCAUCAAUAGUAAGCGCUGCUGAAAAAGCUGUGGAUGAAUGUGCAGAAGUACUCGAAAAAAUGGCAACUCAUGGAUUAAAUGAGACGGAGAGUUUGAGUAAGAUGUCGCUGACCACUCCGACUGAGUUGAUGGGGGAUUGGGAUUUUAUGAUGACAGAUGCUCAGUACAAUUUUGGAGAUGCGAUGGGUUGGGCAUUCAAUUACGAUCACCCUCAAGAUAUAUCAAUUUGGUAG